CAGAGACAUUUAUAUUUUAUAAGACUCAAUGAACAAUUUACAAAAAUGUAGGAUUGUUAUGAAACAUUGUAUUAGUUUCAGAAAUUUUUAACCUUUAAUAAUAUAUUUACACAAUAGUUACAUACUAUCAUAUAACAAAAUGUUAAAGUCCGGUCAAUAUUUCAACAAGAGAUAUAUUUCAAAGACAGUUAAAAUAGUUGCCAAAGAUAUUUUACCUGCUGCAGCUUAUACGCCGGAUAUUGUUGAAAAGAAAGUCUACGAUGAAUGGGAAAGGAGAGGUAUAUUUAAAGCUGAUAAUAAAAACGACAAAAGAAGAUUCAGUAUUGUUUUGCCGCCGCCAAAUGUAACGGGGAAAUUACACCUAGGUCAUGCUCUGUCCAAUACAAUUCAAGAUGUGAUUGUGAGACGGAAAAGAUCUCAAGGAUAUAAUGUCCUAUGGCUACCGGGAACAGAUCAUGCUGGGAUUGCCACCCAGGGUGUUGUUGAAAAGUAUUUGAAGACAAAUCAGAAUAUAAAUCGUCAUGACAUCGGUAGAGAUAAAUUUAUCCAAGAAGUCUGGAAAUGGAAAGAAGAACAUGGCGACAUUAUAUGUCAGCAGUUACGAACGAUGGGCUGUUCCUUAGACUGGUCAAAAGAAAUUUUUACCAUGAAUGAAAAUCACACAAAUGCUGUAAACACUGCAUUUAUAAGACUGUUCAAAAAAGGUUUAACGUAUAGAAAAAAGGCUUUAGUUAACUGGUGCAAUGCCUUAAAGUCCACUUUAUCUGAUAUAGAAGUUGAAAACAUAAGUAUUGACGGACCUACCGAUAUUAGUAUACCAAAUUAUGAUGUGCCUGUCAAAUUUGGUCUGAUUUAUAAUAUAUCAUAUAAAUUGAUAGAUAGCAAUGAAGAAGUUAUCGUGUCUACAACUACGCCGGAAACAAUAUUAGGUGACACAGCCAUAGCAGUCAAUCCUAGAGAUGAAAGGUACAGUCAUCUUAAAGGCAGGAGAGCAGUGCACCCGUUCAGGAAAACGACAAUACCAAUAAUAUUGGACAAUUUCGUUGACAUGAAACUCGGCACCGGCGCCGUUAAAAUAACCCCAGCCCACAGCAAAGUAGACUACGAAGUAGCUAAGCAUCACAACUUGGAAAUGAUCCAAGUUAUUGACGAGAACGGCAGAAUACAAAAUGGCGGCGAAUUCGAUGGCAUGAAGAAAUACGAGGGUAGAGAGAAAAUUGUUACCGCCUUACAAGUAUUGGGACUCCUAAAAUCUAUUGACCCGCAUCAGAUGACUUUACCAAUAUGCAGCAGAAGCGGUGAUGUUAUCGAGUAUCUAACUAAGGAGCAGUGGUUUUUGUCGUGUAGCAAACUCAAUAAAAAAGCCAUAGAAGUGGUUAGAGACAAAAAAAUUACCAUGGAUCCCGAGAGAUACGUGAAAAACUGGCUAAAUUGGGCCGAAGAUGACAAAGAUUGGUGCAUAUCGAGACAAUUGUGGUGGGGGCACCAAAUACCAGCAUAUAAAUGUAGCUUAGGUGAAGAUCUCAUAUGGAUAGCAGCUGUUGAUAAUGAGACUGCUAAAAUAGAAGCCUCCAAGUAUCUAAGGGUCCUUCCAGACGAUAUCACAGUGAGUAGAGAUCAGGACGUUCUCGAUACUUGGUUCUCAUCUGGUAUUUAUCCAUUCGCGGCCUUAGGUUGGCCGGAAAACAACAUCGACUUACACAAAUUUUACCCUUUGGAUUUAAUGGUGACAGGUCACGACAUACUCGGGUUCUGGGUGCACAGAAUGGUGAUACUAGGACUAGAAUUAACCGGACAACUGCCAUUCGACAAUGUUCUUUUGCAUGGGGUUAUAUGUGAUAGUAAAGGGGCGAAAAUGUCCAAGAGCAAAGGCAACAUCAUCGAUCCCAUCGACGUUAUAAACGGAAUAUCCAUGGAAGGUCUGAAGGAGAAAGUGGAAAACAUGCAAAAAGAUGGUCUUCUAACAAAAGACGAAGUCAAAAGAUCUAUAUCAUACCACAGAACGAAUUUCUCAAACACCAAUGGCAUCCCAGAAUGCGGAGUGGACGCGUUACGAUUCACUCUUCUGACACAAGACAUAAAAUCAAACUUCGUCAGCUUCGAUGUAAACCAAUGCCACGCAAACAAAUUAUUCUGCAAUAAAAUUUGGCAAAGCGUCAAAUAUGUCAGGCUUUCAAUGGAAAAACUUAAAUUUAUGGAUAAUGAAAUAACGAAAGACGAUUUAAGUUCUUUCGACAGAUGGAUUCUCAGCAAACUGUCGGACAUGGUUGCUGGUGUUAACAAGUCGAUUGACGAUAAUAACUUUCACAUCGCAACGAAAUGUUUAAAAACAUUGAUAUACAGUCAAUUCUGUGAUGUUUAUCUGGAGAGCACCAAGCCGGGUUUCGAUAGUGGCGAUGAGAAAACUGGAUAUGCGCAUGCGCACACCCUGUCCGCUGUUUUAAACACAUCCCUGCGAUGUUUGUCACCUUUCAUGAUAUACAUCACACAUGAACUUAUACCAAAAAUACCUAACUUUGAAACCAACAUAAUAUAUAAUUUCGAUGAUGAUGAUGAUAAUUUCUUUAAAUUUCCCAAAUAUGAAGACUUUCAGGUUUGGAAGAACGUUCACGUCGAAAAUAGAAUAGACAGAGUCAUUGAUGCGGUUAUAUUGACGAGGGAACUUAAAGGAUUUUACAAUAUAACCAACAAGUUAAAACCCACCGUAUAUAUCAACACAACAGACGAAUCCUUGUUACAUGAUAUAAAAAAUAAUAUUGACAUAGUACGACAUUUAUCAAAAACUAGUGACGUCAGAAUUAAUGAGGAAAUUAAAAAUAAUGUUGUGAGCAGUUACAUGGAUGGCAACACAGAGGUUGGUGUGGGAAUCGUUGGUGAUAAAUCCGAAAAUAUUAUCUCAGCGGCUAAGGAGAAACUUCAAAAGAGGAUAAAAAAAUUAGAAGACAGUUUGUCCAAACUAGAAAUGAAAUUAUCUAGUAGCCAUUAUGUGAAAACGGUCCCGGAAUACAAGCUAACCAUAGACAAACAGAAAGUUACACUACAGAGAGAUGAAUUGAAAAGAUUACAGAGAUUAUAACAAAUAAAUUAUUAGAACAACAAAAA